AUACUGGUAGAGAGGAAAUUCUGAGCACUGGUCUCUUGACUGUGCUAGUGCACAACCACUCCCAAAAGCAAGGAGGGUGAGGUUGGCAUGAUUGUUCCCAUGGAAUUAAUGUAGUUUUUAUCUGGGUGUUGAGUGGAGAAUCAGAGGAAAGCAACAAGAGAGAAACAGCAAUUGUCUCUAGCAAAACUGCCCUGCCCAUCACAGGACUGGCGCUUUUCUUCUUCCUGUGCUCAAUUAACGAGCUGGAGAAACGAGUCCCAGCUCUGGAGUUUCUGUUUCAGGGAAUCUCCCCGAGAGGGAUGCGCAGAGGGCAAGAUUGGUUUCAGAGGUGGCAUUACAUGGGCUCAGAGAUAAUCCACAGGCUUUGAGGAGAACAUGUGAAACUGUGUCACAAAAGCUUUCCCACAACUUGACAUAAAAGACCCGGAGCUCAACAGCUGCUGCUCUGUGCCGAGAGAAGGGAGCCCAUUCAGGGCAGCACAAUAGGGAUGGAAAAGCAGAGCCUGGAAGAGGUCACUGAAGCCUUACCUGGUGCACCAAUAAUGAGCUGCAGAGUGAGAGAGAAAUGUGCCCCUGUGCUCUGGGUGUGUGUGUUCACAUUAAAGGCUGUGUGUGACCACACACACACAUUGAUGCAAAGGUGAACACACCUAUACAUACAUUAAUGUGAAUACAACUGGUGUUUAUUUACUACAGUAAGAGCUCCACGAACAUAAGCCCUGACACUACUUGAUGGAUAAAUUGCUGGCAGAUCUGGUUCAAGAUUUCCAGCAGGAAUCCCUGGCUGUGUUUUUAUCAGAGACUGUCAGCUCUCCCAGCUGCAGGCACCUCCUGAGCACAGGCUGUGCAUCAAACACAGCAACUGGCCCAGGGGAAAAUAAUGAGGAAUCAGGAAUUCGAUGUCUAAUAAGUUUAUGAGGAUAUAAAUCUCUUCUGAACUCAACUUUCCUUUAGUUUAUAGACUAAAUGAAAAAAGUUAGAGCAAAAUGUAUUUUGGGGAGCAAGUAAGAAGCAGCACGCGAUACUGAACUGAUCCUGAAACAAUCCCAAGACGCUUCUCCACAAGUAAAUCGUCUUGCAGGUAUUUGGAAAGACAAACAUAAAGUUCUAAUGACUUGGCUUUAGAGUUUUCUAAAGGGUUGCAUAAGUACUGAGGGAAAGGAACAAGGAUCAAACCAGAAAAUGUUUUCAAUAAUUGCGCGUUCUUAAAAUUAAAUGUUUUUAUUUGCGGUGAGUCAAAGGGGGAAAGCCGUUUUCUGCUUCCCACGAGCAAAGCUGGUGCCAGAGGCGCCUGUGGAAACCAGCCUUUGAGGGAGCACACACUCCCCACCUGCUCAUCUGGGAGAAGGUCAUUAUCCGCGAGCUAUUCACCGCCACUGGAGCAUGCAAGAAUAGCUGCUUCUCCCAUUGUGCUGCCCCCGGCCCGGAUUGGCUGGCGAGUGUGGGAAACGCCACCGAGCCGCAGACUCACACACUCGCCCCGAGCUCGGACAGUAUAAAUAUCCGCACAGGCAGCUUCCAGCAACACGUUUCUCCUGGAUUCCACUCCAAGACCUCUCUGCUCAGGACAGAUGGCUCCCAGCACCGUUUUCUUGGAGCCCGACAACCUGCUGACACCAAAGGAGAAAAACAAACUGAGGAAGCCGGUGGUGGAGAAAAUGCGCCGGGACCGGAUUAACAGCAGCAUCGAGCAGCUGAAACUGCUCCUGGAGAAGGAGUUCCAGAGGCACCAGCCCAACUCCAAGCUGGAGAAAGCCGACAUCCUGGAGAUGACUGUCAGCUACCUGAAGCAGCAGAGCCAGCUGCAGAUGAAGACUGCAGGAUCCUUCCAUAAAAGCUCCCAGUUUGACUACAGAGAGGGCUACUCCAGGUGUUUGCAAGAAGCAUUCUAUUUCCUCUCUCUCCACAAAGUCCGAACUGAAACACAGACCAAACUUUUAAGCCACUUCCAGAAGAGCCAGUCAGUUGCUCCAGAGGUGUCCUUCUCCCCUGGGAACACCAGUGCCCUGAAACAAGUGUCUCCAAAGGCCAGCAGCCCUCUCUGGAGGCCCUGGUAAUCGGGGGAGUCCUCACUGCAAGGACCUGUGACAGUCCAGAGGAGGGAUCUGACUGCAUCUGAUAGUCCAGCUCUGAUCCUCUCUCCUGUAGGGAAUUUUAUUUCCCCCCGUAUUUUAUUUAUGUAUGAGAGAUUGCCUUGCUUUUGACCUUUUUGGGAAUCUCUGGCAAAAGUUGAGGUGUUCUGUUUAGUGUUGAAGCUGUGUAAGCACUGGUGCAGUGCUGCCCGGGCAGGGGCAACGUCUUCAGAAUGAAGGAGGGUGUUUGUAAAUGUUACAGUUUUGAUGGAAUUGCUGUAGGAGAUUUUCUCUAAUAUUCCCAGUAAGAGCCAUCAGCUUUGCUCUGGCUUGACUGACAACUCUGGUUGGCUCAGUCACUCUGGAGGAUAAAUUUAUUCCCUUUGGUUCAUGAACACUUGGUUAAAAUAUUACCCUCUAUUUGCUUAUCAGUUGUGCAGCAUCAAAAACGGGUUUGGUUUUGGUUUGGAUUUCUCUCCCAUGGCCCUUUCAUAGUCCUGUAUAUACAGUGUGAGGGAUGACCAGGAGUUAGGAAACUAUGUGGAAUAUUUCUACUAUUUGAUGCUUUUUUCAAUUUAGAAAAAGAGUAUGUUACUGCUUUAUGUUAAAGAAAAGUAGUAGGUAACAGGCUUGAUUUGUCAAUGUUAUACAUUUUGGGUGUAAGCUAUGCUUUUUUAGCAUUUUCAUUAUAAUAAUGAUUUUUUAUCUGUAUUGAGUGAUUGAAUUCCUGGUGGAUGGUGUUUCUCCCAGUGCUGGGACUGCCCUAUGGCUCACCUGCAUACUGUGUAUGCGACUGUGUGUGUAGAGAGCAAUAAAAUGCAUUUGUGUGC